ACAUCAUUCAUAACAAACAUAACAAAAAAAAAAAAAUCAUAUAAAAAUUACUAAAAUAAUAACACCCAAUACCACAGUUCUAUUAUCUAGCUAUUUCCGAUUCAAACCAUGAUGAAUCAAUCAUUAUGUGUGGAGCAACAAUCCCAAAUAUCCACAGUACACCAAGAAACCUCAAUUCCUAAAAACACUUGCCAUAUCAAAUGUUCAAUAUCCUCCAAUCAUCCUGUUCACAAAACCCUAGCCACUGCAGCCAAUCUCGCAAACCUUUUGCCGACCGGCACAGUCUUAGCAUUCCGAACUCUGACGCCUUCGUUUGCCAACAGAGGAAACUGCCGGAUCCCAAACAAAGUUCUCACGGCAUCAUUUAUCGGAUGCUGCGCGAUUUUCUGCUUCUUCUCCUCAUUCACCGACAGUUUCAUCGAUUGCGAGGGGAAAUUGUGUUACGGCAUCGCGACCUUCAAGGGUUUGUACAUUUUUAACAAAAACAAGUCGAGCGACUGUUGUGGUGAUGAUGACAAAGCGGUAGAGGAAGAAGAAAGGAAAGCAUUAUCGAGGUUUAGGAUAUGUUUUAUCGAUUUCGUGCACGCGUUUGUGUCACUUUUCGUGUUCUUGAUAUUUGCUCUCAGUGAUUCUGAUGUCCAGAGUUGCUUCUUUCCCCCGGGAGGAGAUAUUGAUGCUUUGAUGAUGAAUUUACCCUUAGGAGCUGGAGUUUUGUCAAGCUUUUUGUUUGUGAUUUUUCCGACUACUCGUAGGGGAAUCGGGUACGGCGACUUGCCGACCUCAUUAAAAUAAAACUCUAUUCCAUAAAUGCUUUAUUUUUUUCCCCUCAGGGAAACGAUGUAUAGAAACU